CUACCACCACGCGCCCACCACCAACUUCCCUGACUCGCCACUGACUCAGCCUGACUCGUUCUCUCCUUUUCUCCUUUCCUCUUCAGAAAAAAACCCUAAUUUAAUCAACCCUUUUUCCACGAUAUUGAGAUUUUCAGAAGAAUUAUGUUUGAAUUUCCUUGAAAAUGUCAGUGAAAGAGCUGAAAGAGCGGCAUAUGGCCGCUACACAAACUGUAAAUGAUCUCCGUGAAAAACUUAAGCAGAAGCGUCUCCAAUUACUCGACACUGAUGUAUCUGGGUAUGCAAGGUCGCAAGGUAAAACUCCGGUCAUCUUUGGCCCAACAGAUCUGGUUUGUUGUAGGAUCCUGCAAGGACACACUGGAAAGGUAUAUUCACUGGAUUGGACUCCAGAAAAGAAUCGUAUAGUCAGUGCAUCCCAAGAUGGCAGAUUAAUAGUGUGGAAUGCUCUCACAAGCCAGAAAACCCAUGCAAUUAAGCUUCCAUGUGCUUGGGUUAUGACCUGCGCCUUCUCUCCUAGUGGGCAGUCUGUUGCCUGCGGUGGCCUUGACAGUGUCUGCUCUAUCUUCAACUUAAAUUCACCGAUCGAUAAGGAUGGGAACCAUCCUGUAUCAAGAAUGCUUAGUGGGCAUAAGGGGUAUGUGUCUUCCUGUCAGUAUGUUCCAGAUGAGGAUACUCACGUAAUAACUAGUUCUGGUGAUCAAACAUGUGUCCUUUGGGAUAUAACUACUGGCUUAAGAACUUCUGUCUUUGGAGGUGAGUUUCAAUCCGGGCACACCGCAGAUGUACAAAGUGUCUCAAUUAGUUCAUCAAACCCCAGACUGUUUGUGUCUGGGUCCUGUGACUCAACUGCUCGACUAUGGGACACCCGAGUUGCUAGUCGAGCUCAACGAACAUUUUAUGGUCAUGAGGGAGAUGUUAAUACUGUAAAGUUCUUCCCUGAUGGUAAUAGAUUUGGAACUGGUUCAGAUGAUGGAACCUGCAGAUUAUUUGACAUUAGGACUGGACACCAGCUGCAAGUGUACUACCAGCCGCAUGGUGAUGGUGAUAUCCCUCAUGUGACUUCCAUGGCAUUUUCUAUCUCAGGCCGUCUUCUCUUUGUCGGGUACUCAAAUGGUGAUUGUUAUGUGUGGGACACCCUAUUAGCAAAGGUGGUCCUAAACUUGGGAGCAGUUCAAAACUCUCAUGAAGGGCGAAUAAGUUGCCUGGGACUGUCAGCUGAUGGGAGCGCCUUAUGUACAGGAAGUUGGGAUACAAACCUGAAGAUUUGGGCUUUUGGAGGGCACAGAAGUGUGAUCUGAAUGAUGAAACACCUCAUUCUGUUAUUUAAUUCCUGUCCCUUUUCAUUCUCAUUUUCUUUCAUAGCUAGCCUAUUAUUCGCGUUUCCUUUGGCAUUGUCAUAACCUGUAGAUCUCUUGUAUUCCAGUUAAUAUAUCAGGCAGAGAAACCAAACUGUUCCACUUGUGAUCAUAUGUGCGAUCAUAUGAAAAUGACAAAUAUUACUGGAUCAGCACCAGUUGUAAAGAUAGCCUGUUUGUUUUCAAAAUUGUCUGAUGGCUUCAGCUGCUUCUGUAAUUAAAUUUCUUUAAUAGACGCUUGAAGAAUGGAAACAAGCUUUUCUUU